AAGCAUGAUCAUUCCCUGGAAAUCAGAUUUGUUCAUUUGGGGGAGGGGGCUUCGUCGAUGUGCACUCAAAUCGGAUUACAUCCCAGCACACAUCAGGGAGCGGAUGAAGACUCGAAGAUCUUCGGCAUCGGGCUGCAAGCCUCGUGACAUCAAAAGAAGCAGCUGGGGCAAAGUGUCAGUUUCGACUACCAGCAUACUUGAUUUUGGUAAAGCCCAUUCUCCUCCUGGAAACACAAUUGAGAUCGUGCCCCAAAAAGCACGGAAAUCGGCGAAUGACUGCUCUUGCCCUGAAUUGUCGACUGUAGUGCUUCCCGAGAGUACGAGGUUAUCGGGUUUCAUCUAGUCGUUCGGGGUUUUUGGAUAUCUGGUAAAUUAUUCAUUUGAACGCGAUGAUGACUAAGAAUGAACCUUGAGAAAGAUUCGUACUUGAGCAACAAAUUUCUCAAAAAAUGACUAGUCGACAGUUAGCUCCAGAGCGACGAAGUCUCUGAGCAAAGGACCAAUUCAUCAUCGUGACUGGCUAUUUGGGUAACUUAAUUACAGGUUGUCUUGCAAGAAAACCAUGCUUAAAUUGCCGUAGAAAGGUGUUUUAAUGUAGGACAACCCCCCAGACCUCGUUGAUGAAAAAGGUAUUUCAUUAGUUGUUAGAUCGAAAAUUAGUUGUUCGAUGCUGUUCACGUUGAAGAGAGUUGCUUGACAUUAUCCAGA